UUGAGGUCUUUUUUCAUUCUGUCUCUCUAUCUCCCCCCUCUCUCUCAAACUAGUGGUUUAUUAACUUUGAGUCAAGAAAUGCAUCUACAUAAGCACUUGGUCAUAUUUCUAACAAUCUUGGGGUUAAGCCUCUCUUGUUCUUCUUUUAGAAACAACCAACACCUCGACAAACCAACACCAACCCGCUUAUCACCUCGUGAUCGACCCAAAUUGCAUUAUAAUGUAGACGACUAUGGAGCCAUGGCUAAUGGGAAGGAUGAUUCUAAGGCAUUUAUGGAAGCUUGGAAGAAUGCUUGUAAAUCAUCAAGUAAUCUUGCCGAAUUUGUAGUUCCUAAGAACAAAGUGUAUCAUCUUAAGCCCAUCACUUUUUAUGGUCCUUGUAACCCUAAUCUCAAAGUUAAGGUUUAUGGGACAAUCAAAGCUUCUUCACAUCGGUCGGACUACAACGAAGAUCGAAGACGUUGGAUUAUGUUUGAAGAUCUACAAAAUUUAGUUGUCGAAGGAGGAGGAACCAUCAAUGGAAAUGGAAGGAUUUGGUGGAUUAAAUCUUGCAAAGUUGAUGAAACUCAACCUUGCAAAGGUGCGCCUACGGCAUUAAGUUUCAAGAAUUGCACGAAUUUAAACGUGAAUAAUAUAAGGAUUAAAAAUCCGCAGCAAAUUCAUUUAACUUUUCAAAAUUCAUUAAAUGUAAGAGCUUCUAAUCUAAGGAUCAUCGCGCCUGCUACUAGUCCCAACACCGAUGGAAUUCAUAUAACAGGUUCUCAAAAUGUUCGAGUCCUCAACUCCAUUGUGAGAACAGGUGAUGAUUGUGUUUCAAUCGUAGACGGAUCAAGAAAUGUCAUAAUUAAGAAAAUAACAUGUGGCCCAGGUCAUGGAAUUAGUAUUGGAAGUUUGGGGAAGAACAAUUCAGAUGACCAAGUGUCAAAUAUAUUAGUGGACAAUGCAAUAAUUUCAAACACCACAAAUGGAGUUAGAAUUAAAAGUUGGCAGGGAGGAUCUGGUUAUGCUAGAAAUAUCAGAUUUCAAAACAUUGUAAUGCACAAUGUGACUAAUCCAAUAAUAGUGGAUCAAAACUAUUGUGAUCGCAAAGAAGAAUGCCCAGAACAGUACUCGGCUGUACAAAUGCAAAAUGUGGUCUAUAGGAACAUACAAGGAACAAGUAAUUCAGAAGUAGCCAUAAAUUUCGAUUGUAGCAAGACGUUUCCUUGCCAAUCGGUUAUAUUGGACAAUGUAGUUCUAAAUCGAGCCGGUGAAGGAGACAUGAAAGCGUUAUGUUCAAAUGUCAAGUUGACGACUAGAGGAAAAGUUACACCCCGUUGCGAAUGAUUGAAAGCAUUGAUCAUCCUAAGGGAAAUAGUAGGAAGAUUUGUAAAGGAAAUAUAUAUAGAUUUAUUUACACAUGUUUAUGAUAUAAUAGGUUGAGGUUUUGUUGUAAUACUUGUCUU